GAGGGGGUGCGUCUCGGCGAGUCACGAUGAUGGCGGCCACCAGUCUAUGGUGAGCUAGCGGGUUCUCUGCUGGUUUCGCAUAGCCCCUUGAACCUCCUGUAGACCUUGAGGCUGGCGCCAGGCGUGUGAAGAAGCACUGCAGCCCGAGCUCGCGAGGAAAGCCGCAGUCGCGGAGGCAGCGGCGCGGCCCAGGACCAGGGCUGGGGGAGAGGCCGCUCUGCAGGGCGAAUGUGACAAGCCCCCACCCCCACCGCCUUCCUCCCGAGUGCGCGAGGAGCGCGGGCGACCCCAGGGCCCCGCCAGGCCACAGACCCCGCCCAGCGGCCAGCACCCGGAGCAGGCCCGGCAGCGGAGCUGCGCGGCGGCACCAUGCAGAUCACCCUGAAGACCCUCCAGCAGCAAACCUUCAAGAUCGACAUCGACCCCGAGGAGACGGUGAAAGCACUGAAAGAGAAGAUUGAAUCUGAAAAGGGGAAAGAUGCCUUUCCUGUAGCAGGUCAAAAAUUAAUUUAUGCAGGCAAAAUCCUCAAUGAUGAUACUGCUCUAAAAGAAUAUAAAAUUGAUGAGAAAAACUUCGUGGUAGUUAUGGUGACAAAACCCAAAGCAGUGACAACACCAGCACCGGCUACAACUCAGCAAUCAAAUUCUGCCACCACUACCACAGUUAGUUCCUCCACAGCACCAGCUGCGGCUCAGGCCCCAACCCCAGCCCCUGCUUUGGCUCCUACUCCCACUCCUGCAUCCAUCACCCCAGCAUCAACGACAGCAUCUUCUGAACCUGCACCUGCUAGUGCAACGAAACAAGAGAAACCUGCAGAAAAGCCAGCAGAAACACCAGUGGCUACUAGCCCAACAUCAACUGACAGUACAUCAGGAGAUUCUUCUCGGUCAAACCUUUUUGAAGAUGCAACAAGUGCGCUUGUGACAGGUCAGUCCUACGAGAAUAUGGUAACUGAGAUCAUGUCAAUGGGAUAUGAACGAGAGCAAGUAAUUGCAGCCCUGAGAGCCAGUUUCAACAACCCUGACAGAGCAGUGGAAUAUCUUUUAAUGGGAAUUCCUGGAGAUAGAGAAAGUCAGGCUGUGGUUGACCCGCCUCCAGCAGCUAGUACAGGGGCUCCUCAAUCUUCAGUGGCUGCAGCUGCAGCAACUACGACAGCAACGACAACAACAACAAGUUCUGGAGGACAUCCUCUUGAAUUUUUACGGAAUCAGCCUCAGUUUCAACAGAUGAGACAAAUUAUUCAACAGAAUCCUUCCCUGCUUCCAGCAUUGCUACAACAGAUAGGUCGAGAAAAUCCUCAGUUACUGCAGCAAAUUAGCCAACACCAGGAACAUUUUAUUCAGAUGUUAAAUGAACCAGUUCAAGAAGCUGGUAGUCAAGGAGGAGGGGGUGGAGGUGGCAGCGGAGGAAUUGCAGAAGCUGGAAGUGGUCACAUGAACUACAUUCAAGUAACGCCUCAGGAAAAAGAAGCUAUAGAAAGGUUAAAGGCAUUAGGAUUUCCUGAAGGACUUGUGAUACAGGCAUAUUUUGCUUGUGAGAAGAAUGAGAACUUGGCUGCCAAUUUUCUUCUACAGCAAAACUUUGAUGAAGAUUGAAAGGGACUUUUUUUUUAUCUCACACUUCACACCAGUGCAUUACACUAACUUUGUUCACUGGAUUGUCUGGGAUGACUUGGGCUCAUAUCCACAAUACUUGGUAUAAGGUAGUAGGUUGUUGGGGGUGGGGAGGGAGGGAUCUAGGAUAUAGGGCAGGGAUAAAUACAGUGCAUGUCUGCUUCAAUUAGCAGAUGCCGCAAAUCCACACAGUGUGUAAAAUAUUAUACAACCAAAAAUCAGCUUUUGCAGGUCUUUAUUUCUUCUAUAAAACAGUAGGUAACUUUUCCUAGGUUUCACUCUUUUUAGUAUACUAGAUCCAGAAGUGUAGUGUAAUGCCCUGCUUUAUAUUUCUUUGACUUAACAUUGGUUUCAGAAAGAAUCUUUGCUACCUAGAAUCUACAGUCUAUUUCAACACUGGAUAAUGGCUUUGUGAAAUUGAAAAAAAAAAAAAAAAAUUGGAGCAACGGUAAACAGAAAUGCCAAAUUAUUGAUGGUUAUUGUUGCUGCUUCAAAUAAGUAUAAAAUUAAUGUGUAAGAAAGCCCAUUCUUUCAUGUUAAAUACUUGGGGUGGGGGGAGGGGAGAAGGGGAAACUUUUCUUAAAAUGAAAAUAAUUACUGCUAUUUUAAAAUCUCUUGAUCAUUGAAUGUGAGACCCUUCUAACAUGAUUUGAGAAGCUGUACAAGUAUAGGCAGAGUUAUUUUCCUGUUUACAUUUUUUUUGGUUUGUUUUGGGGAAAAAUUGGUAGGUGUCUAAUUACUGUUUACUUCAUUGUUAUAUUGCAGUAAAAAGUUUUAAAACCACGGUUGCAUGUUUGCUUUUGAUGUAUCCCUUUGUGGAAUUAGCACUUUGGGGCCAAUGGAGAAAUGCAGCAUUCACUCUCCCUCUUUUCCCCUUUCCUCAGCAGAAAUGUGUUUGUCAGCAAGUCGUGAAUUUCAACUGCUGCCUUUUUUAAAACCCACAAAAUGCUGAUUAAGUUCAGAAUUAAUGCAAAUGUCUCAAAACUGGGUUUCUGAUAUUUGUAAAUGUUUUUCCUUAUUAGAUAAGAAUGUAUGACCAUUAAAGUCUUUAGGAUUAUUUGCUUUCAAAAAGAGAAGGUGGACAGAGCUAUAAUCCAGCAUCUUUUAUCGCAUUGGAAAGACUGGCAAAAAUCUUUUGGAAGGGUUGGGAAAUGCGGCUGGAAAAAUACUUUGGAAAAUAUACAAUCAAGAUAUCUCAUGGCAUAUUAAAAGAAAAAUCUUAAUAGCA